UGUAUCAUGGAACUGUUGAGUGCAAAGAAUAUCCAGUCAUUCAGCUCGAUCAGACAUGAUGAAGUUGUUCGUCUCAUUGACUCUAUCCGAUCUUCUUCAUCUUCUGGUGAGUUAAUUAAUUAUACGAAAAGGAUCAUUUGGUUCACAAGCUCCAUUACAUGUAGAUCAGCAUUUGGAAAAUUACUAAAGGACCAAGAAAAAUUUAUAAAAGUAGUUGGAGAAGUGACAAGCUUAGCACAAGGCUUUGAUGUGGCUGAGAUCUUCCCUUCAUACAAAUUUCUUCAUACUUUCAGUGGAGUGAAGAAAAAACUUCUAGAUGCCCACCGUAAGGUAGAUUCAAUUGUUGAGGAUGUCAUUAACGCACACAAGAGGAAUAUUGCAGCUCACAAGAGUGAUGACACAUUAGGAAGUGAAGACCUAAUUGAUGUCCUACUAAGACUUGCGAAGGAUAAGAGUCUUAAAUUUCCCAUCACCAACGACAAUAUCAAAGCUGUUAUUGUUGACAUGUUUGCAGCUGGAACAGAAACUACAUCAAUAACAACUAUAUGGGCUAUGGUUGAAAUGAUGAAAAAUCCAAGUGCAUUCGCCAAAGUUCAAGCAGAAGUACGAGAAGCCUUUAGAGACAAAGCAACAUUGGAUGAAAUGAAUGUGGAGGAGCUGAAAUACUUAAAAUUAGUCAUUAAAGAAACUAUGAGAAUUCACCCACCACUUCCACUUUUGAUCGCAAGAGAAUGUAGGGAGGAGACGAACAUAAAUGGCUACACUAUUCCUGAAAACACCAAAGUCAUAAUUAAUGCUUGGGCACUAGGCAGAGAUCCAAAAUAUUGGGAUGACGCAGAAAGCUUUAAGCCAGAGAGAUUUGAGCAGUGCUUUAUGGACUUUUUUGGUAAUAAUUUUGAAUAUCUUCCCUUUGGCAGUGGGAGAAGAAUAUGUCCUGGGAUAUUAUUUGGUUUAGCUAAUGUUUAUUUGCCACUAGCUCAAUUGCUUUAUCACUUCGAUUGGAAACUCCCAACAGGAAUGGAGCCAAGGGACUUGGAUAUGAUUGAAUCCGUUGGAGGCACUGCCCCCCGAAAAAGUGACCUUUAUUUGGUUGCCACUCCGUAUCAGCCUUAA